AUGACAAGUUUCUUACAGAUCGUAUCCAGCAUAGCAUUGGUGGAAUUUGUUCUUGGGAAUUUUGCCAAUGUCUUCAUAGCUCUGGUGAAUGCUUUCGACUGGGUCAAGAGACGGAGGGUCUCCUCCGCGGAUGGAAUCCUCACGGCUUUAGCUGUCUCCCGGCUUGGCUUGCUUUGGGUAAUAAUGCUCUCUGUGCAAUUCACUGUGUUCAAUCCAGCUUUUCCCAGGGGUAAGAGCAGACUUGCUCUUGUCGUCGCCUACGUCACAACCAACCAUUUUAGCAGCUGGAAUGGUACGGCACUGAUCAUAUUUUAUUUUCUCAAGAUAGCCAGUUUUUCCAACCCGACUUUUCUCCAUCUAAAGAGAAGAGUACAAAGCAUCGUCGUCCUUGUGGUUUGCGGGACUUUGGUGUUUUUGUUUCUUAAUAUUGUGAUGCUGCACAUGGGUUGGAUAAUGCAGGUGGGUGACUGUGAAGGAAAUGCAACUUGGAAGAUGGAGCUGAGGGGUGCUAUCGACCUCUCCACUGCGGCCUUGUUCUCUCUCCUGAACCUCAUUCCCUUCUUCACAUCGCUGGUUUGCAUUCUGCUGCUCAUCUACUCUCUGUGCAGACACCUCCGGAGGAUGCGGCUCCACGUGGAAUGCUCCAGAGACGCCAGCGUCGCCGUCCACGUGAAGGCCUUGCAAAUGAUGGUCUCCUUCCUCCUGCUGUUUACCCUGAACUCUCUGACCAUCAUCGCCUCCAGCUGGACUUCCAGUAUACCCCAGAAUAUGUGGACCGAACCGCUUUUCCAUAUGGUGGGACUCUUGUACCCUUCGAGCCACUCGUACAUCCUGAUCUGGGGAAAUAAGAAGCUGAAGCGGGCCUUUCUCUCGGCGCUCGGGCAGGUGCUAGAAGCCUGGGCAGGUUUCCUCGACUUGUCUACUGGGGGCCGAGGACCAUCUGGGGCUAAAGGGGAGAAAGCGGCGCUGGCCUUCACAGCAGUCUCCGCAUGCCAGGGGCUUCGACAGGGUGGAGAGUCCACGUGUGCCCGCACCACGGCCCAGCCACAAGCCACGGAACCUGAGGUCACCCUCCUCUAA